UGCGCGGGGCGGGCCGCGGCGCGGCGGGGGAAGAUGGCGGCGGCGGGCCGGUGGCGGGCCGGGCUGGCCCUGCUGGCCGUGCUGCUGCGGCUCGGCGGGACGGCGGCCGAGCAGACCGAGGAGCACCUGAAACGCGAGCACUCGCUGUCCAAGCCGUACCAGGGUGUGGGCUCGGCCAGCUCGGGGCUCUGGGACCUGCUGGGCAACGCCAUGGUCAUGACCCAGUUCAUCCGCCUCACCCCCGACGUGCAGAGCAAGCAGGGAGCCGUGUGGAACCGCGUGCCCUGUUACCUGCGGGACUGGGAGAUGCAGGUGCACUUCAGGAUCCACGGGCAGGGCAAGAAGAACCUCAACGGAGACGGGUUCGCCAUCUGGUACACCAAGGACAGGAUGCAGCCAGGACCUGUUUUUGGGAGCAAGGACAACUUCCUGGGGCUGGGAGUGUUUGUGGACACGUACCCCAACGAGGAGAAGCAGCAGGAGGCUCAGAAGAGGAGGUACAGCCCUGGAAACCAGCGCGUGUUCCCCUACAUCUCGGCCAUGGUGAACAACGGCUCGCUGACCUACGACCACGACCGCGACGGGCGCCCCACCGAGCUGGGCGGCUGCACCGCCAUGGUGCGCAACCUCAACCACGACACCUUCCUGGUCAUCCGCUACGUCAAGAGGAGGCUCACGGUGCUGAUCGACAUCGACGGCAAGCACGAGUGGCGCGAUUGCAUCGACGUGCCCGGCGUGCGGUUGCCCCGUGGCUACUACUUUGGGACAUCCUCGGUCACCGGGGACCUGUCGGACAACCACGACAUCAUCUCGCUGAAGCUCUACCAGCUGACGGUGGAGCGGACGCCCGAGGAGGAAAAACGGGAUCGGGAAGUUUUCCUGCCCGUGGUGGACAACCUGAGGCUGCCGGGAAUGGAGGCGCCGCUGGAGCCCAUGAGCGGCCUGGCCCUGUUCCUCAUCGUCUUCUUCUCGCUGGUGGCCCUCGUCUUCGCCAUCGUCAUCGGCAUCAUCCUCUACAACAAGUGGCAGGAGCAGAGCCGCAAGCACUUCUACUGACCCCAGAGCCUGAGGUGGCCCACCCCGGGCUGGUGGUGGCCACGUCCUGAUUGCCACCCGUGCCAGGGAGCCCCUAAGGGACGGUGCCAGCCCGCCGGAGGGGUGCAGAGACUUCCCGGCGCUUCUCCCGGCGUGGUGGCCACCAGAGACCUCCCAGUUGCCACCGUCUGGCUGUGGCCACCUGAGCCCCCCUGGAUGAGCCCCCUCCUGGGCUAGUACUGGCCACAUCCCGAUUGCCACCCGUGCCAGG